UACGAGACUUUGAGGUUCAUAUCGACACCCAUUCUUUAUCACCGACUCUCUACCCCUAAUUCGUAAUUUCACUCCUCUCCUUCCUCCCCAUUACCCACCCUCAUCACUUCCUUUUCCUCACUCACUCUUUCCUCCUCUUUCGUUUCUCCACUUUCUAUCUCCUCUUUUCCAUGGGUAGUAGAACCCAAUCUCACAAGCUCAGCAAUGGCCUCUACGUUUCCGGUCGACCCGAUUCACAGCCCAAAGAACGCACUCCAACAAUGGCUGCUCGUGCUGUUCCCUACACUGGUGGUGAUAUCAAGAAAUCCGGUGAACUUGGUAAAAUGUUUGACAUUACUUCCACUAUUACUACUUCUUCCUCUUCUCUUUCUCUUUCUUCGCCUAGACCUCCACCUUCUCGGGCUUCUUCUCAGCCUAAUUCCGGAUCGGCCCGAUCCGGGCCCAACUCGGGCUCAUUACCUCCUAGACUCAGUAACUCUGGUUCCUUCACUAAAAAGUCUUCUGGCCCACUUUCUCUCCCUGCAACCGGGCUUAUUACUUCAGGCCCGAUUAGGAAGUCGGGCCAACUUGACGGGUCGGGCCCUCAACAAAUGGGUUCUGUUCCAAAUGCUGUUCCUGUUGGUGGGUCAGGGAAAAUGGUUUAUGGGUCAUCUGUUACUAGUUUAGGGAAUGGAGGGGUAAAGUAUGGGUUGAGGGUUUCUAAGGCAGCAAUGUGGAUACUUGUGAUUGUAGUUUUAAUGGGUUUGCUAGUUGGGGUUUUUCUCAUGGUUGCCGUUAAGAAAGCAUUGAUUUUGGUGGUUGUUGCGGCGGUUUUGGUUCCGAUUUUUGUCGGAUUAGGGUGGAAUUAUGCUUGGAAGAAGAGGGCAAUUUUGAGUUUUGUUAAGAAGUUUCCAGAUGCUGAGCUAAGAGGUGCUGUAGACGGGCAAUUUGUUAAAGUUACUGGAGUUGUUACAUGUGGUAGUAUACCUCUUGAAUCAUCAUUUCAAAGGGUACCUAGGUGUGUGUAUGUGUCAACAGAGCUAUAUGAAUACAAAGGAUGGGGUGGGAAAGCUGCAAAUGCUAAACAUCGAUGCUUCUCAUGGGGAUGCAGGCAUUCGGAGAAACAUGUAGCUGACUUUUAUGUAUCUGAUUUCCACUCCGGAUUAAGAGCCCUUGUUAAAUCCGGAUAUGGCGCAAAGGUUGCACCUUUAGUGGAACCUGCAACUAUUGUCGACAUAAACAAAGAAAACCAAGAGUUGUCUCCAAACUUCUUGCAAUGGCUUGCUGACCGUAGCCUUUCAAGUGAUGAUCGCAUAAUGCGCCUUAAAGAAGGGCAUGUUAAAGAAGGUAGCACAGUCAGUGUUAUGGGCAUCGUAAGACGCCAUGACAACAUCCUCAUGAUCGUACCAUCUACCGAACCCAUCUCCACCGGCUGUCAAUGGUUACGUUGCCUCCUCCCGAUGUUUGUGGAAGGUUUAAUACUUUAUUGUGAAGACAACCAAAAUUGUGAAGUGAUCCCCGUGUAAGUACAUACGGAAACCUUGUUUCCUUUCCGAGUUUUUUUCUUUGAGUUGGAUUCCACGAGUACAUAUCUGGCAAGCGAAAAACUUGCAAAUAUGGCACGGUGCACUCCCAUCCUAUUUGUCCAUAUCUUCUGCUCGUUAAGUGUAUGUAAAGCGACCUCAAGCAGACGCAAAAGUGGGCUCAGAGGAUGAUGCACGUGUGUAAUAAUUAAGUGUUUACUAGAGUCGAGUUCUUGUAAACAUUCUGUGUUUAAUCGGAUCAAAUCGAGUUUAGGGGAGAAGAAGUUUUCCCCAUCAAUACUACGAGAAAACCAAGGUUAAGACUUUGAGCCACGUAUAUUCUAAAAUCUUCGGUGUAAAUAAGUUACAACAGAUCUGAAGAGCCUUAUUUUCUUUUCUUUGCAUUUUUUGUCGGCUUUUGCAAUUUCGUUCAAGGUAGCAUACUUCACAGUAGUUUUUACUGUAUUCAUUAUAAAUUGAGGGUCCUUCCUGUUCUAAUCAUGUAAGCAUAUAUAUUGCGAUAUGAUAUGUUCUUUCUUUUGUGUUU